UGUUCUCUAGAUCUGGAUCUGGAUCUGUCACACACCGCGUUAUUUUACCUCGAGUAGUAGCCAAGAUAUGGCUCCUCGAGUAGCCCACAAGGUAUGUCCAUAUCGACAUAUACCCAGAAGUGAGAUGGGAGAGCUGACAGUCGUGUCGUAUAGAAAUCGCUGUCGAGCAAGCGCAGCUGGAGCACUCCGUUCAAGAAGACUGGGAGGGUCGAGAAGGUCAAGAAGGUCAUGAAAGCCAAGAAGGUCAAGAGAGUCAAGAAAGUCAAGAAGGUCAAGAAGGUCAAGAAGGUCAAGAAGGUCAAGAAGGUCGAAGAAGCCGAGAAGAGCGAGGGACCGUCGGGCGAUGUUAGCGAACUGCCUUCCGGAGACGAUGCGAGCCCGAAGAAGCCUUUUGGGUUCUUGGAUUUUAGUGGGGAGAUCCGGAACCAGAUAUACGAAGAUGUUCUGCGGCGUCACAUCCCUGUCCGAAUCAGCGUAUAUAAAGAUCGUGUAUAUACAUGGUCCCCACUUGACGUCGCAAUUCUCCGUACGAACCACCAAAUCCACAAAGAGGCGCAGCCGAUGCUCUACACCUGCAACCUUUUCUAUUUAUAUGAUAAGGAUGCGAUUGACUGGUUCGUCAAAAGGGUCACCAGUUUACAUAUCCGCAAGAUUCAGAUCAGCUUUGGCAGCUGGCAGUACUUUCUUGAUCUAGUGCCAAGCCGUUUUACGAAACUGGAGUCACUUUGGCUUGAUAUAGAAAGAAUCAAUCCUAUACCGGCCGGGCCGCCGCUCUGGUGGCUCACGCCUGUACACACCGCCCUUCAGAAUAUAGCAAACGUGAAGGAGGUCAUCGUCACCAUGUAUCAAUUCAAUGAACGCAGCCUCGUCGUUCCGAGAAAUGCGAAUAUUAUCGACGCCGCACGCAGUCUUGGCUGGAAGUUUUUUGUCUAUGUCCCUUACCCAGAGCUUGUGCUGAAAAUGAAAUCAGUCCGUGAAGAUUGGGAACCGUUAUUACCAUCGGUCGAUCAAAAAUUCCCCCCCUGGAUGUCGAGAGCAGAUCAUGAUAGAUGGGAUCUAUCAGAAAGGCCGUAGAAUAAACGCAGAUACACUUUCUACAGCGACACUUUCUAUAGAGCUUGCUUUGACAAGCAGGGAGUCACAAUGUUGAAUAUAGGAACGAUCCAAAGUACUCUACCUCAUUUAACGUUGACCUGCGUAUAUUGCUUCGGUGCCUUCGUGUCUUCGACAUGUUCAUCCUUUUCCAUAAAUUCUUCGACUGGGGUUAGCCAGGGGCUUCGGCAGAGGCUUGGAGUAAGCUCUUCCAAACUAUGCUGUGUCCGAAGAUAGUGUUAGCAGCAAGACCUUGGGUACUCCGUCCGUUUCUACAGGUCUUUAAUGG